CAGGCAGCUUCGGCUCGAGGCCACGAGCAGAUUGUGAGUCUGCUGCUCGACAGGGGCGCUGAUGUCAACACACAAGGUGGACACUAUGGGAACGCACUCCAGACAGCUUCGGCUCGAGGCCAAGAGCAGACUGUGAGGCUGCUGCUCGAAAGGGGCGCUGAUGUCAACGCACAAGGUGGAUACUAUGGGAACGCACUCAAGGCGGCUUCAUAUGGAGGCCAUGAGCAGAUCGUGAAACUGCUGCUU